ACCUCUGCCUCUCAAACACAUGUCUGAAGCGUCUCAUUAACGAGUUGUCCCACCGCAAAGCUAUACCGUAUAUCACCGGCAGAUGGCGCUAGAAGUUUGAAUGAGUAACCACCAGUUUUGGGGUACCACCAGUCAGGCGCGCUCUAGCAAGCGCGGAGGAGAGUUCCCCAGAUGCGAGUCGCGACGAGCUGUAAGCGCUUCAUUCGACUUCGCACACGCUUGCUCAACGGGGUGCGCAGCCAUCGACUGCGAGAAGUCUUUGUAGCAGUAGCAGCUAGACGAUCCCUUUACCUAAAGCUCACUUUCUCAGUACAGAUAAAAGGGACCAUGAAGACAGCCAUCUGGAGUUAUCGUUUUGCGGAUAGUAUCCAGCCCCACCGAUCGCUCCCACACACGGACGACUGAAUGACGAGCGAGGAUGGCUGGAGGAAGGAGAGGACUUGUAGCCCCUCAAAACACUUUUUUAGAAAAUAUUGUCAGACGAUCUAACGAUACCAAUUUUGUCCUUGGGAAUGCUCAGAUCGUGGACUGGCCCAUCGUCUACAGCAACGAUGGCUUCUGCAAGCUGUCGGGGUACCACAGGGCGGAAGUCAUGCAGAAGAGCAGCACAUGCAGCUUCAUGUACGGGGAGCUCACAGACAAGGAUACUAGCGAGAAAGUACGGCUAACGUUUGAAAACUACGAGAUGAACUCAUUUGAAAUACUAAUGUAUAAAAAAAACAGAACGCCGGUAUGGUUCUUUGUSAAGAUAGCCCCUAUACGAAACGAACAGGAAAAAGUGGUGCUGUUUCUGUGCACCUUCAGUGACAUCACAGCCUUUAAACAACCAAUAGAAGAUGAAACUUCAAAAGGUUGGGGCAAGUUUGCCCGGCUAACUCGUGCUCUGACCAGCAGUAGAGGGGUGUUACAGCAGCUACAGCCUACUGUACACAAAGGAGAGAACGUUCACAAGCACUCCCGCCUAGCUGAGGUCCUCCAGCUGGGCUCAGACAUCCUCCCCCAGUACAAGCAGGAGACGCCCAAGACGCCGCCCCACAUCAUCCUCCACUACUGCGCCUUCAAGACCACUUGGGACUGGGUCAUCCUCAUCCUCACCUUCUACACGGCCAUUAUGGUUCCUUACAACGUCUCCUUCAAGACCAAGCAGAACAACGUGACGUGGCUGGUGGUGGACAGCAUCGUAGACGUAAUCUUCCUGGUGGACAUCGUACUCAACUUCCACACUACCUUCGUGGGCCCGGCCGGAGAGGUCAUCUCUGACCCCAAGCUCAUCAGGAUGAACUACCUGAAGACCUGGUUCGUCAUCGACCUGCUCUCCUGCCUGCCUUACGACGUCAUCAACGCCUUCGAGAAUGUGGACGAGGGGAUCAGCAGUCUGUUCAGUUCUCUGAAGGUUGUCCGGUUGCUGCGCUUGGGCAGAGUAGCCCGUAAACUGGACCACUACAUUGAGUAUGGAGCCGCCGUCCUCGUCCUGUUGGUGUGUGUCUUCGGCCUGGCUGCCCACUGGUUGGCCUGCAUCUGGUACAGCAUCGGUGACUAUGAGGUGAUAGACGAGGAGACAGGCAUCCUGCGGACAGACAGCUGGCUGUACAUGCUGGGGGAGACAGUGGGCUCGCCAUACCGCUUCAACGCCAGCGGAACAGGGAAGUGGGAGGGCGGCCCCAACAAAGACUCGGUCUACAUCACAUCUCUAUACUUCACCAUGACCUCUCUGACCAGUAUAGGGUUUGGAAACAUCGCCCCCACCACCGACGGAGAGAAGAUCUUCGCUGUCGCCAUGAUGAUGAUUGGAUCCCUGCUUUACGCCACCAUCUUCGGUAACGUCACCACCAUCUUCCAGCAGAUGUACGCCAACACCAACCGCUACCACGAGAUGCUGAACAGCGUCCGUGACUUCCUCAAACUCUACCAAGUGCCCAAGGGGCUGAGCGAGAGGGUCAUGGAUUAUAUCGCCUCCACCUGGUCCAUGUCCCGGGGCAUAGAUACUGAAAAGGUAUUGCAGAUAUGCCCUAAAGACAUGAGGGCAGAUAUCUGCGUCCACCUGAACAGGAAAGUCUUCAAAGAACACCCUGCGUUCAGGUUGGCCAGUGACGGGUGCCUGCGUGCCCUGGCCAUGGAGUUCCAGACUAUCCACUGUGCCCCUGGUGACCUCAUCUACCAUGCCGGAGAGAGCGUGGACAGCCUCUGUUUCGUGGUGUCAGGAUCCCUGGAGGUCAUCCAAGAUGACGAGGUGGUGGCCAUCUUAGGUAAGGGGGACGUGUUUGGGGAUGUGUUCUGGAAGGAGGUGACCCUAGCCCAGGCGUGUGCCAACGUGCGUGCCCUGACCUACUGUGAUCUCCAUGUCAUUAAACGGGAUGCCCUGCAGAAGGUUCUGGAGUUCUACACAGCCUUCUCUAACCACUUUUCACGGAACCUGCUGCUCACUUACAACCUGCGGAAGAGGAUUGUGUUCAGAAAAAUCAGCGAUGUGAAACGGGAGGAAGAGGAGCGCCUGAGACGAAAGAAUGAAGCACCCCUCAAUCUCCCGCCGGACCACCCGGUGCGUCGGCUCUUCCAGCGGUUCCGUCAGCAGAAGGAGGCCCGUAUACAUCAGGAGCGGGCCAACCCAUCCGAUGACAUGGAGAGAGGUCAAACCGUGAAUGUCGAGCCCACUCCCAUCCAUGAAAUAAUCGCCACCACCAGCAUUGUCACUGUUACCGAAAGCCCAGCCACACCCAUUUUGGCCGCCACAAUCUCCAGCCCGUCAGACAAAGCCAAGCUCCAGGCCCCGUCUCUCCGAGUGUUCGAGCCGGCCAAGGUCAAAGGCUGGGGACGCUUCAAGGACUCCAUGACCAAGGAGUCCAACUGGAACAAGGUGUCCAAAGCAGAGUCCAUGGAGACGCUAGCCGAGCGGACUAAGGCAGGGGCAGCCCACGAGUCCCAGACCUCGCUGAAGAAAACCAACUCGUGCGACAGCGGCAUCACCAAGAGCGAUCUGCGUCUAGACAACGUGGGGGACAGCUCCCGCACCACGCCACAGGACCGCAGCCCUGUGGCACCCCCUGAGGUGGCCAAGCAGCACGCCUUCUACCCCAUCCCAGAGCAGACUCUCCAGGCUUCUGUUCUGGAGCUCAAGCUGGAGCUCAAAGAGGACUUGAAGGCCUUAAACACCCGCAUGGCUGGCCUGGAGGCCCAGCUAGCAGAAGCUCUGAAGCUCCUCAAGGUCCAAAGGAGAGCUCCCAGCUCCCCCAAGCCUCUUUUUGAGAUCUCUAGACCCACCACACCAGACUCGGACAAGGAGGACAUAUUUUCGUAGAAGCAAAAAGGGACUUACGUUGAGAGUGUGAAGACAGGCAACAGAUUCAGAAAAUCUUUAUUGUCCCAAUGCUGGGCAAUUUGGUCACAGGGCCACAGAUUCUGGGAGUUGUUGGUGUAUCUCAGCUGAGGCCAUUUAUUGUCCCUCACCUUGCCGAUGCCUGUGAAAGCAGCAGAUGAUGGAGCUACGAUGCUGUUAAUUUAAAGAGGAUCUGGUGGUUUUACCCGUGGGCUAUGGAACCUUGGAGUUGAACCCGUCGGUCAUUCUGGAGAAUCUGGGGUGUGCACAGUGAAAGGGGUCUAGGUCCACUGCAGUGACCUUUAGACCACCAUGGGUUUGGCUACCCUCUCUGUGACCCACAGACACAGGUUCACAGCUGUACUCUUGUGUUCUCCUGGUCUGCUUGUGCACAUCGGCUGUAUAUUUAAGUUGCUACUUUUUUCCACCAGUCCAUGGAGUUCAAGAGCAGAGCAGCAACAUGCGUUAUUAUUCACUGUCAUUAUCCUUGUAGAUCUCCAAUGGGACCACUAUCUUUAGUGGUUCUCAGAGUACAGUAUCUAUAAGGGGUGAAUCCAUCUUUUGCUUUUCCACUAUCUUUGAACCACCAGUGCACAAUGCAUUCUGUAUGUAUUCACGAUGUCAUUCUAUCACCGUGUAAUACUUUACAAGACUGUAUGCAUACCUUGGUGUUGCCUUUAUAAAUACAAAAAGGCUAUAGAAGCAUUCAGCACAGGUGAUACUGUAUAUUGAGCUUUGCACUUGCUAUAAGCAUUCAAUAUAGAUCUUGCUCCUGACAAUGCAUUACACACAGAUGGUUCACAGAACGUAUUACAGUAGGUUGUUUUUACUACUGUACUCUGUCAUCAUUGGAUCACCUUGUAGCCAUCUUCUUUAAACCAGACGAAGGAGGCUGUGUUGACCAAUCAGAGCUCAGGACCAUUAGGUUUCAACCAAUCAAUCUUUUGGUCUGUGCGCAGAGAACCCUGACUGGCCAAUCAAAGACCAGCAUGGUCUUUUGAAAGAACUCCAACCCCCUUUUAGACUGACUGACCAUCACCGUAUGUCUUAUCAGAUCGAACAGAGAACUGCUAUCUAUAGCCAAGAAACCACCUUUGUUGAUUGGUUCGUCUUUAUUCUUGGCCGAUGGUUACAAUGCUGGGAAUUACUCUUAAGGAACUGCGUCAGUUGCACUAACAACGCUCCAUCAUGGCGACAUGUGGAGGUUGUAUUAUUUAACUGAUUCUUAGUUUAUGUUUGUCAAACAUGGCUCUCUGACACUGUACAUGUGAAACGAAUUGAAAAAGUAUUUCAACAUUUACUGUGUAACUGGGUCUUCCAAAAAACAUACUUUUUCAAGACACUUCACUGCAAAGUAUGACUUGCUGCAUGACUUGCGUUGAUCGACAUACAUUACUGUUUGGCGUUGCCGUUUUCCUUAGGCUAGCCUACUGAUUGAUAUUCAGUAAUGGAGUUCCAAGCAUGAGCAAAGGCAAACAGAACUUUGAGGCCUAUGAAUUAGUAAUCAAUGUACAUUUUUUAAAUCUAAUUUAAAUCCAGGACAUGUUGAUCUCCUUCUGUCCGGAACUUUCACUAAUUGGAACCUAGCGGUUCCAAAGUUUUCACGUCUUCAAUGAUGUGGGCACCUUCAAUGGGUUUCAUUAAUUUGAGACCUAAGCCUAAUCAAACCCUAGCAGUAUCAUGUUAAUAUUUGAAAAUAUUAUGAUCUUAAUGUUAACUGCUGCCAAAGUUCCUCCCAUCACUAUAUGGGACCAACUGGCGUUUGGGCCCUGGUUUGCCACAAGACAGUGUUAGCCUGAGCUUAAGCGUAGGCAUUAGUUCGGUAAGCCAACGCAAGUCUUCAGGUCUCAGGCAAGGUUACUCAUCCCGUGAGUGGGAUUUACUAAACCAGCUUCAUUACAUAUACAUGUAGUUCAUUAUUAGUCUUAGGUGAGGUCUCCACUAAUAGUUGUGUUUUCAUUGGGCUACAUAAUGGCAACAUUGUGUUACAUAACAGCUGAAAUGUUCUACAUAGCCCGCAAAUGGCUAGAAACAGACAGCUGCAACACCGCACUCCUUUAAUUUUUCACUUUCAAUUCAUGCAAUUUAUUAGUGACAAAUUGUUUUAAAAGUAUGUACAGUUGAAGUCGGAAGUUUACAUACACUUAGGUUGGAGUCAUU